UCGGAGAUCAGCAUAAUUGACCAAAAGGACACAACCUUGUCAAAAAUGGGUUCCAUUGCCCAACAUAUCAAACUCCCCUUCAUAGACUUUAACAAGAUAGGUGACAAACUGAGUCCCGAGUGCCCCGAAUGGACUGACCUGACAGCCGAAGUGAGGUGAGCCCUCGAGGAGUUUGGUUGCUUCGAAGCUCGUUUCAGUGAGGUCCCCACGGAUCUCCGUAACACGAUGCUGGGGUCCCUCCAGGAGCUGUUCGACCUGCCCCUGGAGACGAAGACACGGAAUGUCGCGAAGAAGCUGUUUCAUGGGUAUGCGGGGCAGCAUCCUCAUAUACCAUUGUACGAGAGCAUGGGAAUCGACGAUGCUGAUGUACAAGAAAAGGUGGAUGAACUCGUCAGUUCCUUGUGGCCUCAAGGCCAUCCCACCUUCAGCAAGACAAUACAAUCCUAUGCUGAGAAACUGUCGACAUUGGACCACAUUGUUCGAAGGAUGAUCUUGGAGAGCCUUGGCGUUGAAAAAUAUUUAGAGGAGCACCUAAAUUCGACAUAUUACUUUCUUCGCAUCACCAAAUAUAAAGGACCCCAAACCCCCGAAACAGAGGUGGGGUUGCCCACGCACACCGAUCAAAAUUUACUCACGAUUCUGUACCAGAAUCAAAUAAACGGGCUCGAGGUACUGACCAAGAAUGGAGAAUGGAUCAGUGUUAAGCCCUCGCCGGAGUCUUUUAUCGUUAUAGCUGGGGAAUCACUCUACGCAUGGUCAAAUGGACGGAUUCACAGCGCAAAACACCGCGUCAUGAUGAGCGGAAGCGAGACCAGGUACUCAGCCGGGCUAUUCACGAUCUCAAAAUCCGGCUAUAUAGUAAAGGUACCUGACGAGCUGGUAGAUGAGGGACACCCCUUGCUCUUUAAGCCCUUCGAUAUGGCUGAGUUCCUUGAAUUCUACUCCAGAGAGAACGGGUGGGAAGCUGAAUCGGCGCUCAAAUCUUAUUGUGGCAUCUAAGAAGUACUAUUUGGUCGAUCUUUAUUGUCAUACUUUUCAUAUUUCGAGAAGCAGAAUAAUCGCGCGCAACUCUAGUCUAUUGUGAUCGCAAAAGCAUAUCGUUACUUAUUAAUAAGAUUGAAUGUGAAACAUCAUAAGCAAAAUUAGUCUCCGUCUUGUCUUGAUUAUUAUUAGGAAUGUGGCUCAUAGCAUGUUGCAAAUUUACAAUUUCCGCCUGGUCCAGUGGCCCAGUGGAAGCAGCCCGUCUUCUGAUCGAGAUUGGCUUUCCCUUGGCAUCCUGUUCGGAGAGACUGACAACACUGAAGCGGAUCAUAAGAUCGAUGAUCUCGGAGAAUCUCGGCCUGCAAGAAUGAACUGGGACUGAAACUGCCCAUAGAUAAUAAGUUUCGGGCGAUAUUGUAUCAGAACCAAAUUUAAGGGAUUGAAUUUCAGACCAAA